UGUUGUAUUUGAAAUUUGAAUUUGAAAUUUUCACCGAAAUUUCAAUAAUUUCAUUCUUAUAAUCUUAUGUUUGAUAGAUGUUGAGUAUUUUGUCAUAAAMUAGCCUGAUCAACCAUCAACAGAUCGAUAGUUACAAAUUUACAAUAGCUUAUUGUUUCUGAUGAGUCUUGAUUUGGAGUGUGUUUGGAGACGACUAAGUUUUGUUUUGAGUGGUAUAUUUUGUUCGUUGCCAAUUUAUAGAAAUAAAUAUGAGAUGUCCCCAAAACGCAGAUGACCGUGACAARCCUUAAUCACUAUGAAGUGUGUUAUACCCAGACAAAAUUUGAAAAUUUUGUCGCGAGCAUUGAAUACAAUGUGCCGCAUUGGUGAAGAUUUGUACAUUGAGCCCAAUUCAACGCAAUUGGUCAUGCAUACUACCAAUAGUUGGCAUACCGUAUAUGCAUGGUUUACAUUUGAUUCGUCAUUUUUCUCUAGUUAUUAUUUUACUGAAGAUGAUGAACAAAAUAGCGAAAAUUCAUUAAAAUGUAAAAUAUCACUCAAGUCAUGUAUUACAAUAUUCAAAUCUCCACAUUUAUCUCGGUGCUUAGAGUCAUGCCAUAUAGAAAUUAAAAGUAAUGCAGAUACAAUAACUAUUCAAUUACGUUAUUCAAAUUUUUGUGUUAAGACUCAUUUGAUACCAGUACUAGAAUAUUCUGCAUUACAAGUGAAUCAAAAUGUUGAUACAAAUCAUGUUCUUUGUAUUGAUUCCAAGGUGUUAUCAGCUGCUGUUAAACAUUUUCAAAACAGUGAAACCGACAUUACAUUAAUUGUAACUACUGAAAAAGUGAUAUUGAAAACCCACUCAGAAUCUUGUCGAGAUAUAAGACAAAUGCUAAGAACUGAAUUGAGCUUACAGUCGUCAGAAUUUGACAUCUAUGAUGUUGGUGAAGGCUGUUGUAUAACAUUUUCUCUUAAAGAAAUACGACCUCUACUGGCCUUUGCAGAGCACAUGACAUUACCAGUUAUUAUUCGUUUUAGUUCUCCUGGAAUGCCUAUGGUAUUUGGACUUAAAAAUGGCUUGACAUUUGAAAGCCAGUAUAUAUUAUCAACAAUGAAUGAUAAUGCGAUCUCAGGAGAUGCAAAUUCCAUACGUUUAAAUAUUAAUGCCAUUGACAACACUCAAAGUAGUAAUGAACAUCCAGAAAAUCUAUUGCCCAAUAUAAAUCGAACUCAAACAACGAGUUCUAGCUUAAGAACUCCAAUGCGAGUACAAGUUGAGUAUCCAGAUAGUAUUUCAAGAAAACGCAAACACCCGUCAACUAGUCAACAACCCCCAAAAAUAGCUAAUUCAGUCAGUUCUAUUUCAAUAAUUGAGCAGUUCAGAGAAGAAUGUUUAGAAGAAGAUGUCUUAUUAUCUCAGGUUGCUGACUACCAUAUCAAUGAUGAACAAACCAAAACAUAUAUAAACAAGAAUAGUAAUUUCACACAAGAAUUUUCUGAUACUGCACUUGUAUUUGCUAGAUGUCAUUCGUUGCCUAUAAGAAAUUCCCCUACUAAAGGAAAGGGAAAAGUACUGGUGUAUGAUUCAGAUGGACUUAUAGAYGACUCUGAUUGAUUAUUGAUUUAAUUGGUGUACACAUUAAUUGAUCGGAAACAAACUGAAAUUUAUUAAUUUAUUCGUUGUCUGCUAAGUGUUAAAAAUUGUGUUAAAAUAAA